CGUUAGUGACGACUGACGUUGAUUUCAUGUACAUUUUAAAAUCUGCUUUCCCGGUAUUUAUAUCAAUAUUUUGAUAAGUAAAUUAAACUAUCAUGUAAUGUUUGGACGCUCUUUUUAAUCGUUUUAUAUUAUAUAUCGUUUAAUUUUAUUAAAUUGUGUAAAUAAUGUGGAUCCCUAUUUAUGUAUUUUUAUACCUUUUGAUACGAGGAGAGAACAUUGAUUGUUCUGUUACCCGCGACGGAACCGGUGCAGGAAAUGUAAAACUCUUCGAUAGUUCCGUCACGUACGACGUGGAGAGCACGGUGAUGCUCAACGAAAUCUCUCGGAGGGAUAAGGAAGUGGCCUACAAGGUGAAGGCGAUCCUCACUGUCACUCCUCAUUUCAAGAUAUCAGACGAUGAGAUUUUACUGCAGUUCGAGUUAAAAUCUCCCCACUUACUAUCCAGAGGGAAGCAUGCGAAUGAAGAUUUUCUACCGCACCAAUCCAUUUGGGAAUCAUAUCCUAACUCAGUAUUCUAUGCUCACUGGAAUGCAGGCGUUAUCGAGGAAACUUACUUGGAUACAAAUGAAUUGAGUGACAUCAUCAAUUACAAAAGAGCCCUUAUCAGCUUGUUUCAGUUUCGUGUAUUGGAUGGUGAAGUGACGGAGACUGACAUAUCAGGAAACUGCACCGUCAACUAUGAGAUACUCUCCAACAAUGUUGUCAGAAAAAUUAAGACGCGGUGCGGUGACGUGGCGAUUGGAUCGUCUCGGCGCGUCACGCGCUACACGCUCGAUCCCGCGCUGAGCCGCUUUACUGAGCUGCACUGCGAAGAAGUGCAUGAGAUUGGAGCGGGUGGAGGUGCGGGGAUGAACGUGGGAUCACGUCCAGCCGCGGGGCUCAAGGCGCGAGUGUGGGUACGCGCUCGGAUGUCCAAUUGGCGAGCGCACUCGCCGCGCCCUGACACGCUGCAAGCGGCGCGCGACUCGCUGCCGCAAUCUCUCUCACGCACCUCGCUGGCUGACCCAGCGCCGCCUGCGCCUCUUGACACCGACGACAACGACAUACAGGACGCAUCGGCGGCAGUGCGAGAGGUGGCGCGAGCGCUGUGGGGGGCGGGGUCUCCGGGCGGCGGCGGCUCAUUGGCCGCCGCUCGUGCGGCGCUGCACGCGCUUCCUGCGCUCUGCGCUGCGCCCGGACACACACUGGCGGGAGCGCUCGCCAACCUGACGCGCGACCACUUGUGGGACGCCAUUGGUACGUUGGGUGCGUGCGGCACGCAGCGGGCACACGCCGCCGUGUCCGCUCUCCUGGAGCUGGGCCAGCCAGGCCCCGCCUCCGCGCCUCUCGCGGCGCACUACCUGGCCGCCCUGGCGCUUGCUCCGCAACCACAUGAGAGUGUGGCGGCCGACGUCUGGCGCCUCGCACGCGACGGUCUCGACCCUGAGCUGUCCGCGGCGGCGCUCUUGUGCGCCGCGCGUCUGGCCGCACGCACGACCUCAUACGCACAUUCCGCUUCGGCCCCCGCAAACCCCGCGCCGUACGCGCUCGAGCUGCGGGACCACACGCUACGCGCGCUGCACGCCUGCCAGGAUGACGGCUGUCGCGUGACACAUCUCCGCGCGCUCGGGAACCUGGCCCGCGAGGACACGUGCGACACGCUGCUCGAUAGCAGCGAGCGCGGGACUUCGCGUGUCGCCGUGGCCGCGCUCGAGGCACUAGAGAGCAUGCCGCACGCCGCGCUACUGGCGCCCGCACGGUUCGCCCGCUUGGAGCGCCUGUCGCUGGGAGCGCGCGACCUUCCCGCCCGCGCCGCCGCUCUCGACCUGCUGCUGCGGCUCAGCGCCGACGCGCCGCAUGGCCUGCCUCCGCUGUUCGAGGCCGUGGGAGCCCGCGGUGACCCUGAACUGCGCCGCGUGCUGUGGCAGCGACUGGAAGCUCUGGCUGUCGAGCACCCGGAGAGCGCGCGCCUGUUGACACGCCUGCGAGCGCUACGGGCCUCUGCGGACUGGUGGCGGAUGGACGCCGGCACGUCGAGUGUCCUAACACGGCACGCUGGAAAAGCGGGCGCCUUGGAAGGCUGGCGCGCCCAGCUCGAUUCGGUGCAGGUGGCGCGAGGAGGACUUCUCCGCCGCGGACUGGUGCGGCUGACGGCAGCGCGGCCAGGUCUACCGCCCGACGACACGCUCUCCGUGGAGCUACAGACGUCCGGUUUGGAGUCAUUCUCAGGUGGCGAGGGCGAGGUCGAGAGUGGUGAGGCUGCGAGUGAGGUCCGAGGGGUGCUGGCACUCAACGUGGGUGGAGUACGGCUACCUGCCAUCACGCUGUUUGACGGCCAGGCAGAGCUGCUGAGCCAGGUGUGGGCGGGCGCCGGCAGCACGCCCACGGCCGUGGUGCGCGCGCUGCGCCGGCCGGCGGCGGCCGAGGGCGGCCUGCGACUGGCCGACGGGGCGCCGCUGUGGGCCCGGCGCCGCGCUGCCGUCGCCCUGGCGCUGGACGCGCACGCCACGGUGUCGCUGUGGUCACGGAACGCGCGCGCCGCGCUCGAGCUGCGAGUGGCCGCGGCCGUGCACUCCGAGCUGGCGGUGCGGAGCGCGGCAGGUGAGCUCAGCGCGCGCCUGGCCCUCGAGCUGGAGCCUCGCCUGCGCAUCGCUACCGACAUCGACUUCUACGAUCGCGUGGCCGUCUGCGUCCGCGCCCGCACCGACGCGCUCGACUCGCGGGCCAACGUGACGCUCACCUCUUCGCUGGGGAGGGAUUCUCGCCGCGUGCGCCGGGUGCGCCACUACGCCUGGGUUGGCGCCGGCCGCACACUAUCGCUUGGCGCGCUCAAUGACCGCGCGUGUUGCACGCUCGUCUCUGCCGAUGACUGACCCCGCCCUCGGCCCGACCCGCUACCAAAGCUCAUCUACCAAAUAAUUCAAAUUCUACCGCUCUGUGAUUAAGUCGAUUUGAUUAGAUUUAAGCUAAAUACGCUAGGUAGGUAUAGGGAUGUUUGUAAAACUUUUAUAAAAAGUAUAUCUUAUUAAGAAAAUAUGUGAAAUGGUGCAUUUACAAUAUUUUAUAGUUACUUUAUUGAAUAAAAGAGUUUUUUAAUGGUUUUGUUUUCGAAUUGACUGCUGCUAAAAAAACAUGUAUCUUAUCGCCAAGUAUGUUAAAACGACACAGCAAGUUGGCGACUGAAUUGUAAAAAUACAAAUGCGCCUAACACUUAAAUGAUUUGAUAAGCAGCAUAAAUGUAUCAUUACAAUUUUAAAUUUAUUUGCUUAAUAAUUUGCAUGCCUAUGUUAAGGGGUUCCGUAUGCCUGAGUGCGACUAAGAGAAAAUUAUGCGGAACCACUAUAAGAUCGUCAAAAUAAAUCUAAUUUUGGAAAACGAGUAGGAAGGGAAUGAAUAUUCUAAGUCGGACUUAAAUUAUUGCCAAAUUUAAGAACAAGGCUUCUAUAUCUUUCUAUAUGAUUAAACCGUUUUAAAACUUUUUAAAGUACAAAACGAAAGAGACAAAGGUUAUGAUAAUUUUUAUCUAGGGAUAAAAUCUAAGGAAAAAAGAGUAAGAAAGUUGUAUGGAAAAAUGGUUACUAAUGUUUCAUAUUAAUCAAGCAUGACAGCACAGUCAUGUCAUCAUCGUUAAGGGUCUGGUAAUUGUGAAUAAGGACAAUCGGUACAAUGCCUGCAAUCUUCUGUACUGUACCAAAUCUUAUUCUAUUAAAUGAUGAAAUCACUGAAUCAAUGGACAGAGGGGCUCAGAUGGAUAUUAUAUACACCGAUUACAGCAAGGCUUUUGACAUUUUAUCGUAAAAACGUAUCGUUUAUUUUAAAAUUAUCUAACAUAUCAGAGGUGACAUAUUUCGGUGAUUCUCAUCUUUUAUUGAUAACCACUCUUGUGCAGUUGUUAUUAACAAUUAUUCUCUAGGUGGUUAAAUAUUCUGAGUGGAAUACCUCAAGGUUCAUUACUUGGGCCCUUAUUCUUUCUAAUCUUUAUUAAUGAUAUUGAGACUAACUUUCAUCAUUUGAAAUUACUUUGCUUUGCAUAGGUACGACAUACUUUGCAAAAUUUAACACUAUUAGUCUUCCAUUAUAAUAAAUAUAAAACAAAUUAAACAAUAAUAGUCUUUAUUUGCACAACGAAUAAAUAACAAUAAUUUAACAAUGUUUACAACAGAUAAUUAUUAUACAUAUUAAUCAAAUAUAACGAUAAGUAGUAAAAUAAACUUUGCAUUUUAAUGCAAUAAAUUUAUUUAUUAUAUAAGUAUUAAAAUAAAUAUUGGUAUGUCGAUAUGUCCAUGUCAUUAUUCUAGAUACUAACUUUAAUCAAGCGAGGACGGAAAUAAUGUAAUAAAAAGGUAUAUUUUUAUUAA